CGAAGAGCGAGAGCAAUCAAUUCCGCUUACUCAUCAGCUAAUCCCGCUAUUUAAUCCAAACCUCCACCGUUAUCGAUCGUCUUCCCUCCGCAAACAGAGCCAAUUCCUCUUUUACCGCCCGAGUUUUCUUGUUUCCCCAAUGUCGUUGGCCAAAAUCAUCCCGCCCAAGCCGAUUAAGCUGUACUGCUGCAUCAUCUGCCCGUGGGCUGCGCGCACCUGGAUUGCGCUCACUCAGGCGAACGUCGAGUUUGAGUACAUUGAGAUUGAUCUCAAGAACAAGCCGGAUUGGUUCUUGAAGGAGGUCAACCCUGGCGGCAAGGUUCCUACUUUGAAGUAUGGCGACGAGUAUCUUAUCGAGAGUGCUAUCACUACCGAGUUCGUCGCCGAUCUUGUCCCUGAAGCCAAAUUGCUCCCCAAGGACCCCUUCAAGCUUGCCCAGAGCAGGCUUCUUUCCGACCGCUUCUCGGAGUUCCUCUUCCCCGUCUACCGCAAGAGCAUCUACGGCGGCGAUGUCUCGGCCUUGAACGAUAUCUUUGAUGCUAUCGACAAGUUUGUGCCGUACUUGGUCAACGCUAAGCCGUUUUUUGAUGGGUCUGAGGUUCCUACUUUGGCUGAGCUCUUGGUGGCCCCUUUUGUCUCCCGCAUCUACCUCGUCCUCGAGUCUGACAUCGGUUCCAAGGACGUCUUGACCAAGCUCUCCACCGACCCCAAGUACGCCUACUUCCACACCUGGGCCACAAACCUCAUCGCCUCCCCCGGCGUCGCCGGAACUUUCGACAAGGCAGUCAACCUUGCUCACCUUGCUGAGCGCAUUACUAGUCUCAAGGCCAACUAGCUCGCCGGCCAAAAGCUGUGAGAACGCGCGGUUGUCUGCCUGGUGCAGAUGCAGAUGUAGAUGCAGAUAGGCGGCGUCUAGCUAAUGUUCUAUUACUUCAAUAAUAUGACAUCUCUUAACCAUCACAAACAUAAACCAUAUCUCGACUAUACAAAUAAUCCAU